CAGCAGUUGCACUAGUCAUCGCAUCCACCAUAACAUGACCAUGGCUACCGCCUCAGCUUCGCUAGCUCUUGUCAUGCUGUUCGCCUGCAGCCUUCUCCUUGCAGGCACGGCGUUCAGUGAUGAUACCAUAGCCAUACCCUUGCUGGAGCGGUUCAAAGCCUGGCAGGCUGAAUACAACCGCACCUAUGCGACCCCAGAGGAAUUCCAGCAACGCUUCAUGGUCUACAGCGAGAACCUCCGGUUCAUCAAGACCAUGAACCAGCUGUCGACCGGGAGCUCGUAUGAGCUCGGUGAGAACCAAUUCACCGACCUCACCGAGGAGGAGUUCAAGGACACAUAUCUUAUGAAGCUCGACGAGCAGCCCCCUGCAGCUGAGGCCAUGCCACCGAUCGUCGGCACCAUGAGCACAGCAGGCAUGUCCAACGGCGACAACACCGGCGAGGCUCCCAACAGUGUGGACUGGAGGACCAAGGGAGCAGUGACGCCGGUCAAGAACCAGCAACAAUGCGGCUCUUGCUGGGCGUUUGCAACGGUGGCGUCCAUCGAAGGUGUGCACCAGAUAAAGACAGGUCGUCUGGUGUCCCUGUCGGAGCAAGAGAUCGUGGACUGCGACCGUGGGGGGAACGACCACGGCUGCCGUGGCGGUUACCCUAGAUCCGCCAUGGAGUGGGUCACCCGCAACGGCGGCCUGACCACCGAGUCGGACUACCCGUACGUGGGCAGCCAGAGACAAUGCAUGAGCGGCAAGCUUGGUCACCACGCGGCCAGGAUCCGUGGCUACCAGGCGGUGCAGCGCAAAAACGAGGCCGAGCUGGAGCGCGCCGUGGCGGGACGCCCGGUCGCCGUGGUCAUCGACGCGAGCAGGGCCUUCCAGUUCUACAAGCGCGGGGUCUUCUCGGGCCCCUGCAACACCACCACCGUCAACCACGCCGUCACGGUGGUCGGGUACGGAUCAGCCGGCAGCGACAGCGGCGGCGGCCGCAAGUACUGGAUCGUCAAGAACUCGUGGGGUCAGAGAUGGGGAGAGAAUGGCUACGUGCGGAUGGCGAGGCGUGUCAGGGCUCGGGAGGGCAUGUGCGCCAUCGCCAUAGAGCCCUACUACCCGGUGAUGUGAUCUAAACAAGCUAGUAUGCUUGGAUAAGGAUGCAUGCAUGGAAUUAAAUAAACUAAGCUCAACGAGACGGUGUGUGUGUGCUGCGCUAUGCCUAUCGAUGUUAUUGUUUGUUUGCUAAUGUAACAUUUAUCUCAAAAGGCAAUGACUUUUGGGGAUGCAGUAUGUGUGUUCUUACAUUAAAUAAAGAGAAUCACAAUUGAUCUC